AUGGAAGGUAAAAAUGAAGGAGAGGAGAAUCCUUCUCGUGGGAAUGAUUGGGAGGUUGUAUCUCUGACGGCAUCAACAUAUGCAGCUGCUCCUGGUCCAGAAGAAGUUGAUCAGAGGGAUUACGAUAACAAGAAGGCUUUUGGAGAGGAUGAGGCUGAAACUUCUCAUGCUUUAUUCAUGUCUCGUCACUUUGUUUUUCCACCGAGUCAACAUGAGAAUUUGCCACUGGAGUCUGUUAACAGUGAGAUUCUUGGUAUACAUGAAGGGAAGAACAUGGCCCCUGAACUUGGUGCAGAAGAAGGAGGUAGAUCCAGUAGUAAGAAUGAAGAGAUUUGGCCACUCAAGGGGUUGGAUGAAUCUGAAGAGUUCCCUGGGAUACAGUUGUUCGAUGGGAAGGGAAAAAAUGGUAAAGAAUUUGAAGAGAGCACAACUCUGCAAGAUUUCAGUGACAAGGAACAAAAUAUAUACGGUACAGCUACACUUAGUUCUUUCCACAACGAAACAGCACUUGGUGGAUCAACCACCUAUGGUGAGGACCUGGGUUUUCCUGAAGUAAAUGAACCUUCUGAAAGGGGCUUGGACUUUCCUACUGACGUUCCUCUCUCACCGAAAGCUGCCAAAGAUGAUGAUGACCUUCCUUGUGAUACUUGGUGGAAGAGAAGGGCAGCUUCCUUGUAUGCUCAUGCAAAAGAGGCGAAUGCAUUUUGGUCCAUUUUUGUUGCAGCAGCUGUGAUGGGAAUUGUAAUCCUUGGGCAGCGCUGGCAGCAAGAAAGGUGGCAGGCGUUGCAACUUAAGUGGCAGGCUAGCAUCAACAAUGAGAAAAGUGGGAGGAUAUUGGGGCCUAUAACUCGACUUAAAGAUGUGAUUGUGGGCGGCAAUCGACGUGGUUCCUUUAUCAGGGGAAGUGCCUCAAGUGACAACUAA